AUGGCAACCUGGUUCCAGGACACAGACUGGCUUGGAAAGCUGUGCUAUCUGGCAGAUAUAUUCAGCAAACUUAAGGAACUGAAUGUGUCUCUGCAGGGCAAGGACACCAGCAUUUUAAACCUGUAUGACAAGGUGGGUGCCUUCCUGAAGAAAGCCGAGCUGUGGAGAAGAGCGUUCUUCUGGCUGGUGUCUCUGCUGCUGGCGUCCCUGGUUUGGUUCAUCUCCGUUCAUCAGCAGAAGGGGCUCCUGGUGUUCGGUGUGGUGCUCUCCGUCCUGCUGCAGGAGGCCUUCCGCUUCGACUACUACAAGCUGCUGAAGAAAACGAAUGAAGGCCUCCUCACUCUCAGUCAGGAGGAAACCAUGCCGAUCUCCAUACGACGCUGGCCUACGGUACCUUUUAGUCCUCACAUCUUCUCGGUGGUGAACAUCCUGGCGGACUCGGUGGGGCCGGGAACCAUCGGGAUCCACGGAGACUCUCAGCACUACUUUCUGUCCUCGGCCUUCAUGACGAUGGCCAUCAUCCUGCUUCACAUGUUCUGGGGCGUCGUCUUCUUUGACGGCUGCGAGAAGCAGCGCUGGUGGGCGGUGGCUGCUGUCGUCGCCAGCCACCUCAUGGUUUCCUGUCUGACCUUCCAGAACCCUGAGUACGUCGGCAGCCUGGUUCCCACCUACAUCAUCUUGUUCCUGAUGGGCGUCUGGGCCUUCUACGCCGCCGCCGGCUCCCUGAGGAACCUCAAGCUCUGCCUCACCUGCAAAGACAAGGACUUCCUGCUCGCCAACCACCGGUCCAGAUAA